AUGUCCGUGGCUUGGCCAUGGGCCGUCCUUCGUAAGAAGGCUCGCAAGCCCAACCUGUACCCAACAUGCGUGUGCCGACGAUGCGAGCUCGAGAAGGAGGAUAACGAUCACGUCUGGAAAUGCCCUUCGGCAGCUGAGACCACCACUGAGAUCUGGAAGGAGGCCAUGGGCAAGAUUAAUGAGUGGGGUGUGCAGGCGACAAACAGCUACAACGCAGCCAGGAAGCGAGAAUACAAACGCGCGGUGGACAGAGGUCGUCAGGUACCGAGGCCAGUACCCAUACACUGGUGGCCCCCUUCGGAUGCGGAUCAUGUGCGAGGAUUUUCCUCCAUCGGUGGAGCUCGAGCCGUGCACAGCGGUAGUCCAGCUCCCGAUCGAGACGAGAAACCGAUGUGGAAUGUGUCGGAUCUCCUCCGCGGCAUCACCCCCUUGAGCAUGUUGACUGAAUGGUCCGCGGUCUUCCGGACCCCAAUGUCCAUCGCUAAGACAGUCCUUCACAAGUUUGUUGGCUACCUGGAGGCGCAGGCCUCGGAGCUGAUCUGGAAACCUCGGUGCUCCGCGACGAUCGCGUGGGAACAAAGCCAGGGCAUCUCUACCAAGGACAAGACAUCCAAGUACACAGGCCCCCGAGGUGACUGGAGUCAAGGAUACGGUUACAUCACGCACGAUGGUUUCUCGACAAUUGUUGCGCAGAGCCAGGUUCCGGACCGGACUGCAACUGGUGGAUGGUGCACUGAAGAGUUUGGUCUGUAG